AAAAGCUCGCUUGUGUUCAAUACCCAGUUCCCCCACUCUACUUGCCCCAGCAUGGCUACCUCCACCACGCUCUCCUCCCAGUCCUACGUGUUCGACCCACGACCGAACUACCCCCUCCUGCUCACCGCCAAACGCUACUGGGACCCCGCAUCUCGACCGGACCCGGAUGCGGCGACCUUGAUAUGCGGGCACGCGGCAGGCUUCCACAAGGAGCACUACGAGCCGAUGGUGCAGGACAUGUACGCGCUGCCUGGGGGGCGGCAGCGCAUCCGCGAGGUGUGGGCGGUCGACGCGCCGAAUCACGGCGAGGCGGCUGUGCUGAACGAGGAGAUGCUGCAGUGGGGGUACGAACCGUCCUUCGGGUGGCAGGACUACGGUCGUGCGCUGCACGCGUUCGUCGCCGGCCUUGGCACGGGAGUGGACGUCGACUUCUCGAAGCGCCGAUUAGUCUUCGUGGGCCAUUCCUGGUCUGCAGUCGCGUUCACGCUUGCGCUGACGUACCAACCGCCGAUCAAACCCGACGCGCUGGUGCUGCUGGAGACCAUGUGCGUCAAGAACGAACCAACGCGAGCGAUGAAGAACUUUCUCGCCGGAGGCGCGGAGAAACGACGAGACAUCUGGGCUUCGAAAGAAGACGCCUACAAGAUGUUCAAGUCGCGUCCGUCCUGGCAGAAAUGGGACGACCGAGUCUUGAAGCUGUAUGCGGUGAGCGAGGAUCCUGUUCUUUUCAUGUCGCUCAAAUUGAAGGGAUCGAAGGAAUACGGCCUGCGGUCACUUCCCACCCUGGAAUAUCCCGAUAAACAUUCUGGAGUGACACUCACCUGUUCCAAGCGACAGGAGGCAGCGGUGUACCGUGACGUCAUGGGAAGUUCGAUUGUCUACAGGACUAUGAAAUCUAUCGUGAAGGAUAUUCCGGUUCAUGUGAUCUGGGGUGCAGCAGAUGAUUACAUCCCUCGCUCUGACAAGGAUGAGUUGAUUCAGAGUGCCAUGGGCGGAGAGAGGAAUCUGGCAUCACUGAACAGAGUCCCUGGUGCCGGACAUCUGAUAGCGCAAACGCACCCACGGGAAUGUGCCCAACUGCUGGUCGACGUCGUUUUGAAGCCAAAAAUGGAAAAAGCAAGACUGUAACAUGUAACAUUGCUAUUAGAAGGGUGCUUCAAUCACAGGUAGUACGCUCCUGUCUACUUUUACAGAAUUAGAAAGCUCCAAUCGAAACUAAGCAUCAUUAUUUUC